CGAACACAGGAAAGAACAUCGGGAAUCCGCACGGCGCGGGUAGCUCUCAUGUGGACGCGCGGCAGUUCCGGGCGUCGGUCGAGUCUUGGUUGCCACCCUUUUUUGUCACAAGUGAACAGCGCCCUUUGUCCUUCCGUUGUUCUUUCCGCUGACUUUUCCUGCGAGUCUGCGGACUUUUAGCGAAGAGCUAAGCCUUCGCGCCUGUGUGGCAGGACACAUCGAGCUUUUUCCACUGCCUACCGUUGAGGAGGGGGAAACGGGAGACACUCGCUUUUCCGUCUUCCCCCUCCGCCACACACGACAGAACGCGACUUUGGUGGAGACAGGUGUUGUGUACGUAUGCAUCAGAACCCUUCAAUCUCUGCCGACAGGAGAGGACUCUCUUGCGCCUUUUUUCCUCUUCGUAGGCGGGGCUGCCUCUCCACUGCGGUGCCACCAAGUUGAUUCUCGGGUCUGAGGGCCCCGGCGGGACUCUCUGUAUAGCCACAGGUGUUUCUCCCUCGAAAUCGCUUGUUUCGACGUAAUUCAAUCGGCAAACGAGAGUUCUAUUUGCACGGCGGAUCGUGCAUCCGGAAACCCCAUUAGUAGCGCCGCCCUUCCAACUGCGCGACAGCUCAAAACCACGAGGCCGGAGGUGCUGUCCUUCGAUUUUUUGCAAGGAACGCACAGUAUACCGCCGGGAAGGCUGUUUUGAGGCUGUUGCCUCCACCGGAGAAAACGCGUCUAUUUCGAGGUUUCGACGACGGCAGUCGCCACUGCCUCACACACAAGAAACUACGGACACGUGAUUUCAAAGUCCUGGUCCUCUACUUAGCUCACAGGCAUCGACGAUGGCCUCGUCUGCGUUCUCAAGCUCUCCCGCUUGCAGUGCUCCUUCCAGCGGCGUCGUGGACUCUCGCCCCAAGCCGUGUGUUCCCGAUCCCGAAAGUGACGAACAGACAUGUUGUGGAACGGCAGGCAAGGAGCCUCAGAAUCUCUCACCUACGAAGAUCAGGAGCGUUUCUCUAGACGGUUCGACGGAGAUUUCGGACUCCUUCUCUUCUGCGUCCGUCACCAUCAACGCGCCUGCAUGUGUCUCCCUCGAACAAGGUCUUCAGGUCUGCUCACAGCUUUCCUGGGUCUCUCUGUCACUGCAGGACGAACGGAACUGUCCAGAGGCGUGCUUCGCCAUUGCAGGGACAAACCGAACUCCGGAAUGCCAACGCAGUUACCUAGAACAUGACGAACUCUUCUCGCCAGCAUCCGCGACGGCUGGCAGCCUUCCCUCCUGUCCGUGCUCGCCGUCUGUCAGCACCAGGAUGUGCAGCCCGCGUGGACAUGGUGCCUGUACACCUCGCGCAAGAUGCGUUCCGAGGCCGCCGACCUUGACCUUGCCUCCCCAGGUGGCGGAUGCUCGCAAGGGGAAUCCUCAAGCGGACUCUGCAGUCAACGAGUUCUUGCCUGCAUGCGUCUUUACAAGUCAGAGACAAAGUAGCGCCGAGACACGUCUCUCUGCUGACCCUUCGACAGUGGGGGUUGACCAGCCGUCGGUGGCAAACAACCCAACACAGUUCGGAGCUGAGGGGGGCUGUAGAAAGGAACCUCGGGAGGGAGCCUGCGAGAGGAACGACGCCAGUAACAGGAGAGCGAGCCCAACAGGCGGACCUGAACAGGCAGCCGCGACGGAAAAUGACGGAGGCAAGCUCCAAAAAGCUGCUGACGUCCGUGAAGAGGGGAGAACCGCGGACCCGCACGCAGUGGCGGUUUCGCCGCUACCUUCAAGGGAUUCAAACGCCAGUGCUCCGGCUCUGGCUGAUUCUGAGUUGGUCAGGAGCCCCGUAGCUCUCGUUCCACCGACAAACCCCGCGUCUGUGACAACUAAAAAGAGUGACAAAGAAGCGUUUCGAAUCGGGGACAGACAGGAAGCAGAAGCCCGAGAGAGUGCCUCAGCAUUCCUGCAGCUUUCGCCUGUUAUUCCAGAGAGGCAGGAGGCUGCUGGUGGGAUGCCCCUCUCGUCGCCGAGUCGCGGGACAGAAGGGACAACGGUGAGUCUGAAGUUGAGCGCGGAUCUAACCUGUUUCUCACCCUCUCUGUCAGAGAGGACGACGGCGGCUGCGAUGACCGGAACUCCUUCUUGCGACCUCGACAGCCGCGGAAGCUUCUCUUCCGAUGUAUGCAAGCAGCCGUUCUCCGGUCUCUCGGAUGCCUCGCCCUUGUCGCACUCGAGUCCAGACGAACGCGCAGGGAAAGCGGGACUCGUCUGCUGCUCGGCUGCAGCGUCAAACGACGACGCGGGUUUCCUUUCCCCCGGAAUUUGCCCAGCAGGCCACUCGCUGUCCACUACGGAAAGUGCUGGCUCGAUUCGAUCUCCCUCGACGCCCCCACGGUUGGAGGCAGAGUCUCCGGAGUACGGCCCUCCUCGCUCCCUGUCUCCGGAGGCAUCCGCGCACCAGAGGUUGCCUGCUCCAAACGAAGAAGCCGCGCUACCCUCGGCCUACGCCGCUCGCUGCGACUCCGAGGAACUCUAUGUCCUUCCAACCACACGCGACGACCGCACGACCCCGAAGGCCGUUCUCGCCUCGCAGGAGGAAGAGACACCGAUGGCGGGGUCGGCGCGGCGCCGGUGGGCCUCCUUCGAUGUCCAGGACUCAGACACGGACCUCUUCGACGACGACACUUGCGGAGAGUCGGAUUUGAACUCGAGUUUCGGUAUCAGCGAAGCAGACAACCGCAGUCGCCUAGGCAGCGGAUCGAGAGUCUCUCGCGCGACAGCCCGCCUUCCUCGAAGAGAGGCAAAAAGAAGCUGCGAGGGCCCCCAGGCCCUACAGCGGCUCGGGGCGUCUCUGAAGGCGGGGCGUGGGAAGGGAAAGCCUAGCUUAGGGGCAGACAGAACAGGGAGAAAAGGCGGAGUGGAUGCGUCGAAGGAGUCGGCGGCAUGCGGCCUCUUGUCGAUCCAGAGAGCAGGAGAUUCGCACGCAUUUGCGACUGCUUUUGCAGGCUACAAUCGCUUCUCCGCCCUCAGCAACGGCGAGGCGAGGUCCGAGAAAGAUGCGAGCCAGUUAGUGCAUGCUGGCGAGGAGGCUCGAACCAAGGCCCAGGGGGCUCGAGAGCGCGGGCGACAGCUAAACAAGGGACACGAAGCGGAGGCGCUCACUGCAGGAAGCAAGAACCGAGAUGUGCGCGACUCUCUCCUUGGAGACAGACUCGGAAAGGCGAGUGGAGACACUGGAGACAGGCUCCCGGGCGCGUCUCUUGAAGGAUUCGAACUUUUCAGAAACACCCUCACUCUCCAGCUGCUCCAAGGGCGCGAACUCGGAGUUCGCUUCGUUGAGGGCAGCGAGAAGGUCGAAGGCGGCUCAGAGCGAAAGCAAAGGGAAGAACAAGACGAGGGCUGGGUCGUGGCAGGAAGGAAGCGGAAACCCGUUGCAGAAGCUGGAGGCAGCCGACGCGCUGGCCGUGAGGUCGAAGGAAAGGGAAGAGGGAAACGCGACGAACGUCCCGUUGAGUGGAUCGCUUGGCUGGAUCCAUGCACGAGCGCGGGGAACGUGACGACUGCGUCGACAACUGGUCACAAGGCAACUGCGUCUCCAUCGGUUUCCGCGGUCGACUCUGUGAGUGGCACAGAGAAGUCAGGGGACAUGGAGAAAGGCGCGUACAUGUCGAGAGACGGCGAAGACAGUGCACAAGACGGAGGCGCAGCGGAGACAACGGAAGAGCCUGUCUGCCCUAGUGGCCGAAAAGAAGGAAAGGAAGGAAAAGGAAAGAGCAGCGGCGCCGACGGGAAAUCCGAUGGAUGCGGGGGAGCUGUGUCGCUGAGCAAGCAGCUUCAAGAGGAGUACGAACAAGGCCUCGAGAGAGUUGGAAGGAUGUCCUCAUGGACGGCAGUGUCUCCGUUCCUCGCUUGGUGGCUACCUGCGAGCGCCAGCCGAGGGAACCUCCACAAUUUGUGCUUCUUCAAAAAUCCAGUGAAGCCUCUCUGGGAGCACCCGGAGAACAUCAAGGGAGGCCACUUCGCACUUCGGCGAUUUGCAGCCAAAACUACUGUCCAGGAGAUGUUUCUCCUCCUCGCAAGCACAGUUCUGAAAGACGAAUCGGUGGGUGCAGUUCGUCACUGCAACGGCAUCGUUCUGUGCAUUCGACAUCACUGGCGAAAGCACAAAAUCGAGUUCUGGACAGCAUCGCUCGAUAGCGGAGUUCUCGCGCAACAAGAAGGACUGCUGCGCCGCCUUCUCAGUCAGUUGCCGGGGAGCGCUGGACACGGCGUCGAAUUGGAGUUCAUCUCUCAUCGCGAAGUCGUUCAGAGAAAUCAAGUGAAGUUGAUGCGAGCCCGCGGGAAGGCGCCGAAGGCCGCGUCUGGAAAGUCGGGGUCUGCCGACGCCUUCCAAGUCGGGAGUUCCUCGCCUGGAAUUUCCAUGCAAAAGCCUUUUGUGCCGCGUUCGUCCUUUUCCGGCUCGGAGAUCGCAGCGCCGCCGCUGUUGCCCGAGGGGCCUUUCGCCCCAGGGACCAAGAAGAAGAUCAACGAAAAGCGGAGUGGAAAGAGCAAGCACUGCGCGACUGGAGGGGAGCAGAACCCGGGAGAGUGUGUCGACCAGGAGAGCGGAGGUCGCGAGACUCUGUCGGCUCUCGGGAAGAAAGCGAGUGCCUGUGAGGUGCAAAGCAGUCAGUUAGACAACGAGAGGAGCUUGGCUCCGCGUCAUGGACCCGGGGUGCAUGCAGAGGUUGACGACUAUGGACGAGAGCAGCGCGGGGAAACUUUAACUCCGACGGCGCGCCAGGGGCCGCGAAAGAAGGACAGCAAAGGCGAGGCUAACCAGACGGAGAAGAAGCGACCAGCCGCUUGCGAGGGCGGAACAACGACUUUCAAUACGCCACGCUCGGCGCGCGGGUCCGGAGACUGCGGCUCUUCGCUCCUGAGGGAGGAAGUAGGCGAAUUCGUGGACGCUGAAAACCGAGACGGCGCAGACUUGGGCUUCAUGUGGACCCGGGAAGAACAACGUGGCUCCGGGAUCCGAGGCCGCGGGCCAGCGAAGAGUGGGGGCUUGCCUGCGCUGAUGCAGUCGCCGCUGCUGCUGUCGAGCGAAACUCUCCCGUUUCCAGGGCGCCUGCCCGUGUGGGCGGCUUCAGGCCCCCUGAGCGAGCCCCCGCAGCCAGGGAAUGCCUGGGAAGAAGAGGUCCCUGCGUUCAGUGGGGACUCCGAGGCUCGCGGGUUAGAGAUCGAAGCACAGCGAGAGUCCGAGGAUGCAGAACCUCAAUUUGGAGGCUCGGGACCUGGAGGCAGGGAGACGCUUUGUCAACGUCUGCAGCUCUGGCAGCAUGAGGGGCUUGUGUCUACAGAGUCGUCGACAGUCGAGAGUCAGGCGGCCUCGACUUCGCCUCUCAUCAGGCCCGGGCGUGGAUACCCCCGGCAAAUUCCGCCACCCGGGCGGCGGGGAAUGCUUGGGUCGUUUCUGUCCACUCUUGACUCGACGAGUUGGUCCCCUGCAGCUCAGAAGUCGGGCGCAUUCGCGAAUGGCGGCGAAGCAUGCGCGGCGGAUUCGAAAGCUGCAGGUUUCUCAGCAUCGAGCACCGCAUCCCGGUGGGGAGGCGACCCUGCCUUCUCUCGCACUCGCCAUGUGGAAGGCCAGGCGUGUGUCCCAGCGCCUCUGGCGAGAGAAGAGGGCAGGACAGGCAGCGGACUCAAGGCUGGGAAGAGCCGCGGUGGUAUGCUGCCGGGCUCGAAGGGCGCGGGGCCCCGGCGGGGCGCCCGAGACGGAAGAGAGGACUUGUCAAAUGCAGGUUAUCGGAGCUCGGGGCGCGGAGCUUCGAGAGGGCCGUCUUGGAGCGUGUACUUCGCCAACGAGGAGGAGCAGCGGAGACGCCUUGCGACGACGAUGGUCGCGCGGAUCGAUGUGAAGUCGAUUCCGGACUACUUCAGCAUGCAACUCGCCGCCAAUCUGGGGGGCACAUCCAUCGGCAGUGCAGCUGCGCUCCAGGUCGGCGUCGGAGGCUCUCUCACAGCUGCCUCGUCCCCUCUCGGCUUCGGAUUUCUCGCUCAGCACUCGGGGGUGUUGACAACGCUUACGACUUCUUCUUCGACGCACACCAGCGAAGGAGGAGCCGGCACGACUCGAGGGCCGACUGAGGGCGGCGAGGUAACCGCGGGGCCGCUCCCGGGGCCAGGGGAGUUCAAGACCGGCGCCACGGCUCCGCUUUUCCCCCUCCUUGCGGGCGCGGGGAUUCCCCUCCCAGACGGGUUCUCACCCCAGCUCCUUGCCUCGCCCUCGGUCGGUCGAGCCGUGGCGACUGUCCUCCAGGUGCAGCAGCUGCCCUUCUCUCCCGUCAUGGAGUCGGUCCAGCAGCAACUGGGCCUGUUGCCUCCGAAAAAAGACGGGGACUUGGAGCUCCAGGGGAUGAGCGGGGCCCCGGGCGAAGGCAGCGCUCGUGGUGCUGACUCGCUGCAGGACCUGUGUCUGCCGCCAUUGCUGGGAAGCUCUGCUCUGGCGCGACCGACGUCGCCUAUGUCCUCGCCGUCUGCGGUGUCUCCUCAAGAGCUCCUACAAGGCGACUGGAAACCAGGAGACCCGAAAGAACGAGCUGCUAGGACUCCAGAGCAAGCGCCGUGCCCCAAGAGGCCAUUCGCCUUCAAUCCCCAGGCAGCCGUCUUCCGGCCUUCCUGGUCGGCCGAGGGGCAGCUCAGUGAAGGGAUGGCGGCGCCGCAGGGGGAGGGCGAAGCGACUGCCUACGCAGAAGAGAAGAAGAAUCAGAGCCCGUUGGAAGAAACCGAGACGACAUGUGAAGACAACAAGGCGGCCGGGAACCAUCGACAAAGGGCAGCAGGGGCCAGGGACGAGUCAGAGGAGUUCGCGGGCGGCAGGCAAACCAUCGCAGCCAUCUGCCACGCUCUCCCGGCAGCUGCGCAUGCAGUGGAGCCCCGCGUGCAUGCAGGAGAGUCUCAUGCAAGAUACGCAGCAGGCGUGGACGGCCCGACAGAAGUCAAAAGGGAAUGAGAUGCCAGGUAUUUUUUCGACCCAGCAGUGCAGACUGCCGCGCACUGUAGAGAGCGUUACUUGUGUCACAAAGAGGCCGCGGACGAAGGCGGUUGCAGGCCGGCUCUUUUACUUCGACUCCAAGACGGGGUCCCAGAGACAAUUCCAAGAGAGGAGCGCGUUUCUCCGUCGCCUCUUGCAGAGAUUUUUGGGCCUAAGACGUCAACGGCGCGACUGCCGUCCUUCCUUCUCAACAACGUUCAAGUAUCCAAGUGUUUCUCGUUUUCUUUAGGAGUCGAGGAAGAAAAUUUUUUGCUGCGUUCCGGCGGCCAUGUCUGGGGAUAUUUUCACGGAAAUUUGUGAGAUACUUUCAAGUUGUGCCAAAGGAGUCUGUGUGUGCAGGGCAGGCGUUGCCCUGAGAUCUCUCGCUGUACCCCGUUGUUGUUGCGGCGCCGAUGUGACGGGUGUUGAGAACCGAUAUCUUUCAUUUGAGGAGUUUGGAAACUGUUGUGCGUGGCGUCAAAGUGAACAGGCGCCUCCUUGUGCAGCUCUAUUCGCGCCGAAACACUGUCUUCGCAGGCAGAUCCAGUGUCUACGCGAACCCGUCUUCUAUCCGUUUACCACCUCGUCGGAGUCACUCUCUUUUGCUUUUUGAGAGACUGUAUCGUUACGUCUCUCUCGAUGUUUGGUUGCCUUGAAGAACCAAGAGUGUAGAUCCGUCUAGAAGAAGCAGGAAGAAAGAAUUCGUUUCUCGAAAAAAGGCAGUGUGUUGUGUUGUUUCGUGCGGGGCUGCAUGGGGGCGAAGCGUGCACUCCUCGGUGAGAGGGAGUUUUUCUCCUCUCGGACACAGGGAGAUGUUUCUGUAGAGUUAUGUUCCGUCGACACUCAUUUCUUGUCGAGGGGAACAGCCCCGACUUGACAGGACGCGUUUGCAACUCACCUUUGAAACAGAAGUCACCGUUUGAAAUAGAACAAAAAGGACAUGCGUGCGUGAGAGGGGCAACACAAGUGUCGCGGCCUUAGGGAAAAAAGGUUUUGCCGACUUCGCAAAAUCUGUCAACAGAAUCCGAAAAACCAGGCUGACCGCGUCGUCGCUCGUGAAUUUCCUCCGAAAGGGGUCAUACAGAAGAAGAGACAAAGGACAAAAUUGCAUUCGCAGCAAAGGGUGUGUGUUUCACUUUGGAUGAGUGGCCAGUGCACGGGUUUUCAGUUGGGAGGACAGGGUGUGUGCGUGUUGGUCGAUUUUUUUUCCUGGUGAAUGCUUGUCUGCAACUGUCACAGGGAGGGAAACGUAUUUUUACUUUGUACCAGUAUGAGGACAGGAGAACUGGAGCUUCAUAUGUCACUGCGUUUUUCGUUGCUAGCGCGUCAAACCGUGCAGCUACCAGUAGCUUCUUCUACUGCUUCCGUCAGUUUUUAUAAAGAACGCGAGGAGCUGCGGUCGCGGCUUCCCCAAAGAUGUGGAUUUCCUCGCCCUUUUGUCGACCUGUAACUCUGACGCCAAACUGGCAAAGAGAGACCGCACGCGCUGCUGCGGCGCGACAGAAAAGAGCGACCCCUCACGUGCCAGUAUGAUCAGUGCCAUCGUACUGCUAACUGCUGAAAGUCAUCCUGGCUGAGUCAGGAUUAUUUACAGGUCUUUGGGAGGAGUCUCGACUGCGAGUUGGACUACCGGUUUACAUCUUGAAGGUCUUGUUGUUCGCCGGAACGAAGUUCGCUUGCGUUGGCAGGGCACUAUAUCGUUCUCGGGAGUAUAUGAUACGAGUCGGGGUGUACUAGUUUAGACGUUGAAGGUCUGCUGCAAGCUGCGAAACGCAGAAAGUGUCAACAAAGAAUCCAGUUGUAUUAUAAUCGUUUCAUGUAUCAUUGUACUUACAUUUCUAUGGUUCUAUCAACCCUGCAGGAAUAAUGGAUACCACGCUUGAAGAUGCCCUUUAUCCUCAUAUGUUGAGGGCGGAUGCUAAAUUCCAUUCACGCGCAACUGGACUUUUUCCGCGUCCUGCUGUCAUGCCUAGAUCGGAUUCGGCCCUCUGUUUUUAGCUGUCAUCAAUUCUGCCAGUUCUGCGUGUUAUACGGCGCGCGAGAAGAUAUGAGAUUUCGAUGUCGGGGCAAAAUGAACGCACCGGACCAGAGAAGGAAAUCUGGCACGUCGACUUGCGUGUUGUAACUUUCGUCCCUCGGGUUUCAGAGGAUAGCAAGUUCGGUCUGAUGUCCCGUUAUACUCUAUAGAUCACUGGGUAUCUGGUACUUCGAGAUCAUCAUCUGCUCCGGUUCUCUGGACGUCCAGAAGUUCAUUGUCGGAUGUAAUGCGUGAAAAGCGGGUCUGUAAGAUGUACGGGUAAAUACAGAUUUCUAUUAUUCUACUCUGGUGACAGUGGAACGUUUAAGUAAUGUGCACCUGAAUCCUGUAUGUGGUGAUGUUAAUCAAUUUGUUUGCAUAUCUAUUGAAAAUCCUUUUACAUGCUGGUGACGUGAAUACCAACAAACGACCGGUUCUGGAUGGAAAGGGUACUUUCAACACCGCACAAUAUGCUAGAAA